AAAUAAUAACCUCACAGUCGGCCACUUUUGUUGGUCAACAUGAACCGCUUCCUUAGCCUGGUGCCUCGAGAAAUGUUUUCUUCUACACUGAGAAAAUAAAAUAAUAUUGUCCAAACAAGAAUUUCUUGGUUCAAGAAAUCCGUUCAAAAUAUUUCUUUUAUUAUCAUUAAUUAUCAAUUUCUCGAGAAAAGAGCAUCAAGUUUAUUUUUGUUAUAUAUGAAUUUGAUUUAUUACUAGUAAACAAAAUAAAAAUUAUUUCCAUCAAUUCUACGAAUUCUUGAGACAAAAUUACAUAUUCUCGAAAAUUAUCAAGAAUAUAUGUUCUUGUAUCAAGUAAAUAUUCUUAACAAAAGUAUUUUUGUUUCUCAGCGUAAAAUUUUUCUCGACUAAAAUGAGUGCUGACUUCUUAAAUAACUUUAUCUUAUCAAUUUCACCAAAUUUAAAAUUUUGCAUCCAUGAAAUAUUGUAAAUUAAAAAAAAAUGCACUUAGUUUUAGUUCAUUUUUAGUUUUUAAAUUAGUUACGAUUUUAGCAAUUAAAUUUGGUUAUAAUAAGGCGAGUGAAAGGUAAAAGCAUCAGAUAGUACACACGAUUAUUAUACCCCUACCAUCAGCCGAAAAGAGGACACUCAAUACGCUCUCAGCAGUCUGACUAGUUUUACUGAUGCAGACUUAGAUAUAUUUAUUUUAUACUAAACCUUAGUAGUUCUAUCGAAACUAUUUUUUAUAUUUUCGAUUAUCUCAUGGAAUGAUGUUCUUUACAAUUAUAUAUCAAACUGCGCAAUUACAGAUAAUAACAUAGUACAAACUGAGUAUGAUAAAUAGUCUAAAUGUUGUAAGAGUUCUGUUAUGUAAAAACUUUACCUUAAAAAUAUAAUAAUGUUCAAAUAAAGUUUUGUCGUUUUGGUCAUCCUUAGUAUCAUAAAUGUCACAAUGGCUUUCAAAAUAUAGACAAACGGUAUUUCUUAAAUAUAACACCUAUCAAAUAAGGUUAGCUUUUAUGAUUUUGCAAAGCAAACAACCAAGAAUCUGCAUGUUAAAAGAAACCAUCCGUAAAUAUAAAAUCAAUACUGUGCAUUCAUUUAUUAAAUGAAAGAAUUGCUAAUAAAUUUUUACUAAAAAAUCUAAACUUUAUCGUAACAAAAAUUCUCCUAUAAAAAUAUACACACAACAAAUGAGUAAAGGUGCAAAUGUUUAAAUUUAAAAAAUGCACGACAAAACUGGAGACUCACCUAGAAUUAAUUUUAUCAAAAAUAUUUUUUCAUCACGACGUCUUAAUUUACCAUCAACAACAGUCUUCACUGGAACAACAAUAAGAACAAAGUUAAAUAUUAAUAAUAGUAAAAAUACAAUAACUAAUGAAAUUGGUAGUUUAGGAUUAAUUCCACAAUCGCGUCCGCCAAAUUUACCCGCUAAAAAUUCUCAAGAAGAAUCAUUGCACCGUAAACAACAUGACGCUAUUCUGGAUGGAAUAAAAAAACGUGAAUUACGUGAACAAAAAGAUAAUAAUAAAAAACGUGCUCAACAGUUAGAAGAUGAAAAUAAACUAUCGUCAAAUUUACAGUACUGGUAUCAAAAAGUAAUACCAAAUUUCAUUCAACUCAAAUCGACCACCGAGGUACAUGAUUUAUGGUGGCAAGGAAUUCCAUCAGCUGUUCGAGGACGUAUUUGGUGCCUAGCCAUUGCUAAUAAUUUAAAUUUAACUGCCGAAAUAUUCGUAGAUUGCGUAAAAAAGUUUAACACCAGUAAUCACAUAGAAUCAGCAUCAAUCAAAUUAGAUAUCACGCGUACAUUUCCGUCAUUACAAAUUUUCCAAAAAGACGGACCACUAUUUGAAUCUCUUUACAAUUUGUUAGCCGCUUAUUGUAUUUUCAAACCAGAAAUUGGGUAUGUACAGGGUAUGAGUUUUAUUGGAGCCAUGUUAAUACUUAAUAUGGAUGCUAUUGAUGCAUUUAUUUGUUUAGCUAAUUUAUUUAACAAUAAUUUAUAUCAUAACACAGCCCUUACAUUGAAUGAAAUUAAAAUUAAUAAUUAUUGGGGUAUUUAUAAUGAAUUAUUAUUUAGAAAUUUACCUUGCUUACAUAAACAUUUUUUCGAUAUCAAUUUGACACCAGAUUUUUAUUUACUUGAUUGGUUAUUUACAAUUUAUGCUAAAGCAAUGCCACUAGAUGUGACAAGUCGAAUUUGGGAUAUUUUUGUACGAGAUGGCGAUGAAUUUUUAUUUAAAACUGCUAUUGGUAUUCUAAUUCUAUACAAAAACGAAUUAUUGAGCAUGGACUUCGUGCAUGUUGCACAGUUUUUAAUCAAACUACCAGAUACGAUUAAAGUUGAUGAUUUGUUUAAGUGUAUUAAGUGGGUAAAUAUGAAAAUUGGUGAUAGGACUUUUGAUCAAAUGAUUUUAUUACUGUAAAUAAAUAUUUUAUUGAUUUAAAAAUAUUUAAUUCUUUACAAGCAUCUGAAGAAGUAAGACUCUGUAUUUUAAACGAUGGCUCAUCUUUUCCAAAUAUUUAGCUGGUUAUUCAUAGCAUAAAAGCAUACAAAAUUUCAUCAUAUAUGUAUAUAUGUCAGGGUCAGCGAGUGAAACUAAACUAGUUAACAAAACUAAAAACUGAAAAUUAAUUAUUCCAGCAGUAAAUGUCUUUUUUAAUUGAUAAAUAAUUUGAUAGAUAUUUUUGUUUUUUCUAUAGGCUAUAGUUAGAGGAUCUUCAGUGCUGAAACAUGAAGAUUUUUUUACUUUUAUUUUAGUAAAUUAACUCUAAGUCUGGGUCGUACCUAUCGAACUUUCGAAUUUUAGAUUUCUACUAAUUUAUUAAUUAGUUAUAAUUGCAGAAAUUUUGUUAGCUUCUGACCAAAAGCAGAAGAUGAACUUUUUCGGAAGAUUUUUAUCAUUUGAGUUCCAUAUAUAUUUACAAUGUAAUUAAAAAUCUCAAUUUCGAGAUUUCGUUCGUAUCCUAUUCGUAUAGAUACGUCCCACUCUUAAGUGUAGCUAACUCACUUCACUUGUUGAGCUUACGAACAUUAAGCCGGGCCUGUAGUUGUUUUUUCCAAGCUUUUCGCUCAAACAAAAACUCUAAACACACAUAAAGAACGAGGCUCGAUGUAAUAUUCUAUAAUUUAACAAGCUGUGGGCUAGUAUUAAAAUUGUUUUGAAUCGAUGAAAGUGUGUCACGUCGUCUAAUAAACAUUUCUGGUAAGCUAAAAUAUGUAUACUUCCGACAGGCUUGAAAAAUUUGAAAACUUUUGAUUAAAUCAUAUUAUCUGCCUAACUGAAUUUUGAUCUUUGAGUUCGAAUUUUUUUACAAAUAUUGAUGGAGAACUAAUUGAAAAAAUUUGAGUAAUUUAUUAAUUUUUUAUGAAAGUAUCAUAUUUUUCUUUUUAAUUGUGAUUAAAAUUCAUACGUGCGACUAAAAAUAGUCAAUUGAUUUUUUUUGACAUUCACAAAUAUCUCAAAUUAUAUAACACACAUACAUAUUCAAUCAGAAAAAUUUUAAAGGCUGAGGAAAAAAAUUGUGCAACGAGUUCGAGAAGUUAAUUAUUGCUGUUCUAGAUUGUAUUUAUGAUAGAAUUCUUUCCUAUGUAAUUAAUAGAAAGUUUUUUUUCUUCCUUUUUCUAUUAUAAACGUAUCUUCAAAAUUUUUCG